AUGCGAAGAGCAAUCUCUGUUCUUGUAUUUUGUUCCUUGGUGAUUUUGAUCAGUUCGAUUAUCACUCAACAUCCCAAGAACGAGAUAAACUUUAGAUUGGCAAAACUCGAUCCACAAUGGAAAUCAAACGAACCUGCAGUGAUAUACAAAGACUUUUAUGUUAAAAACUUAACGUCAGUGAGAUCACAAACUAAAGCUGCCAAUAUUUCACCAGCCGAAAGGAGUGUUGUCGUCAUUCAAAAUGUAAGACCAUCAACAAACUCAACUGCAUUAGUGAAAAAGGCAAGAGAUGAUUCAAUUGAAGGGAGUUAUUCGGAUGAGAAUUACAGCGGAUCUGAAUUACGAGAUAAACAUGGACAUCAUGGGCAUGGACACGGACAUGGGCAUGGCCACGGUCAUGGGCACGGCCACGGACAUGGACAUGGUCAUCAUGACAAGAAAAAGAAAAAAAAGAAAAAACACAAGUUCUUCAAAAAGAAACAUAAGUUCAAGAAACAUCACAAAAAGAAGUACAAAGUAAAGAAAGGUGGAGGAUACAAGAUGGCAAGCAAGCUGAUGAUGCCACUGCUUCUGGCGUAUAAGAUGAAAUUCUUUACGUUGAUUCCUGUAUUUAUAGGAUUAAAGAUUAUUUUUUAA